UAGAAUGUAGAUAUUGGAACGAAUUGUAAUAGAUAUUGCAAUUUAUUAUUUCAUGUUACGUUCGAGAUUUGUAUGAAAUUUGUACAGCCAUGUUGUCCAAACAAUUGUGGAGAUCGUUUAACGGGAGGAGCGGAGUCGUAGCAAAUUUAUUGAAGCACAAUAAAAACAAAAUGCCCUUACCGUCCAUCUGUACUCGAAAUUAUUCCCCCAAAUCAAACUCUCAACUGGAUGAUGAAUUGUUGAACAAGCCUCUGAAAUAUACAACUAGUCCAGCUAACAAAUGGAAGGCAGAGCAUUCUCGAAUCGGAAGCAAAGCAGAAUUUGGUCCAUGGUACGAACCUCAUAUUGUUAGUGCAAGUGUAAUUUUGUUCAUGCUUUAUUUCUUUGUACUAAGAGAAGAAAACGAUAUUGAUAUGAUGUUAGAUAAACCAUUGACCGAUAUAUUAAAAAAUGAAUAAAUAUUUGAUUAUUGUUUUAGAA